AUGGAAACGGCGAGAGACGAUGGAGACACGUCUCCUCGCGCCGCCUCUCGCGGCGCUUGUCUCUGUCCCGCCGCGGAGAGAAGGAAGCGCUGGAAGCCUCAAAGCGCGUCGGAGACAAACGACGCCGAGGGCGCCAGCCACGCUCCCGAGGCAGUGCAAUUCGAAGUCGAAGACGUUCGCUUCUUCGCGCAGCUUCUCUCUGUCGUCAUUCCUCACUCUGCAGGGGGCGUUCCGCCAGUGUCGAUCUUCGACGGUGCGGGCGACUCUGGCCGGAACCGAAACGCGUCCGGGCGAGCAGCUUCCGGGCAAGAAGGCGACUGGAACUGCGUCUUUGUCCAGUGGAAAGAAAGGGAGUUGCGCCUGCGUGGGGUCUCGCGAGGGCGAGACGUGUACAGUGACCUGCGGCUCGCUUCCUCCUUUUUCCCCGCCUUCGAAUAUAAGCCGAGGCGGCCCGGACGAGGCCGCGACGAGCGAGGAAAGAAGCGAAGAACAGACUCAGAUCGCGACGCUGAGCCGAGCGACACGGAGAGCGAGGAGCAUCAGGUGAUGAUUCGUGUCCAUGAGCUAAUCAACGCUCUCAUGUUGUUUGGCGAGAACGCACAUAUACGCGUUCGUUACGUCUUCGACGAGGGUCUUCUCACGAUUCUUCUGCACGAGCGGCCGGUGGCCAGAGGCGCCUCUGUGGACGACGAGGAGGAGGCGAUUUCCGAGAUCUGCGUAAAAACCUUCAGCGUUUCGCAGCACGAGAGACUCCCUGACCUCUGCGCGUUUUCCCCAUCCUGCAGUUCGUCUUCCGCAGACUACCUUCGAAUGUCUGACGCAGCUGCGGGCUCUGGGGAUGUGCGUCUCUCUGUGUAUCCGCCUCCUUUACCGAAUGUUCCCUUUCCCGAGGAAGGCGAGAGAGACGUUCCGCAGCAGGAGAAUCGCGGGUCAGGAAACAUCGAAGGGCGUGAGCCUACUGCAGUCCCGACGUCGAGCGUACACGAGAGAAAGCCGAAGUUGCUCUUGGCCUCGACCCCGUUCUCUUUCCGCGUCUCCAACUCUCCAGACCUCACGCCUGAGGAGUCUCCUGUCGGUUGUUCCUGCUCUCAACGAUCGUUGUGUGAAUCUAGGAUAUUUCGUUUCGGUUUAUCUACAUUCGUGCAGCUCGCCACCGGUUUACGCCUGGAGUGGCAUGAGGAUGGCCUCCUUCUCCUGCAGCUUCUGAUCAAACCACAGCUACAAACUCGGCUUUUUCUGCAUUUUUAUCUCUUCGCGACGGUCACGCAGCCUCAGAACUAG